GAUGCUUCGUCAGAAAGUGUCCAUGCAUUUUUCCAAAAGGUUCAUGUGCCAAGACCAUUGUAUUUGUGCAAAGAAACAAACAUUUAAUCUAUUCAAACAGAUUGAAGAAUGGCGGCCCGUCCAAUUCAGAACGACAAGGAAAAGCUUCCAGACUUUGUCCAUAUGAAUGACCUGGCUUGCGAAUCAGCAGGAGCUAAGGUCCUAUUUGCAACAGAUGAUUGGUUUGCAACCGCAGAGAAUCUUUUGAAGCCUGAAGCACCACAAUGGAAGGCUCAAGAAUUUACAGAUUUUGGCAAGUGGAUGGACGGAUGGGAAACUAGGAGAAAAAGAAUUCCAGGUCAUGACUGGUGUGUUAUCCAGCUGGGCGUGCCUGGAGUCAUACAUGGAAUUGAUAUAGAUACUUCUUAUUUUACUGGCAAUUAUGCACCUCGUAUGUCAAUUCAAGCAGCAUGCCUAAAUGCAGAUGCAGUUCCAGACCUACCAACAAGAGGAGAGAAAAUAGGAACUGCUGCUUCAGAGGAGGAACAUGAAGCUAUUGGAAAGUUGGAAUCAGAGUUCUGGACCGAGUUAGUUCCAAUGACAAUCCUACAACCAGGCUAUAUUGACACCUGCCAUCAUUAUUUUCCUGUUCAGCAGUGGAAGCGAUGGACUCACAUCCGACUUAACAUGUACCCAGAUGGAGGGAUUGCACGGCUUAGGGUUUAUGGCAUAGGCCACAAUGAUUGGUCAGCAAUUUCACAGAGGCAAACAAUAGAUUUGGCUGCAAUGACCAAUGGAGGUGUAUGCGUGGGAUUCAGCAAUGCUCAUUUUGGACACCCUAGUAACAUUAUAGGCAUUGGAAGAUCCAAGGUUAUGUCUGAUGGAUGGGAAACUGCCCGGAGACUGGACAGACCAGCAAUAUUAAAGGCCGAUGACCAGGGUAUUUUACAGGUACCUGGUUGUGAAUGGGCUGUUUUUAAGCUUGGACAUCCUGGCUUAAUAACACAUAUUGAGAUUGACACAAGCCAUUUCAAAGGUAACUUCCCAGAUAGUUGCCUAAUUGAAGGCUGUGACAUCACUUCAGAGGAGGAGAGAGAAAGCAUCGGUACAGAGUGGAAAAACUGUGCGAGCUUGAAGUGGAAAAUACUGCUGCCAAUUACUAAGCUGAAGCCACACCAGCAGCACUUCUUCUCCAUCAAAAUGACAGAUGUUGCCACUCAUGUGCGGCUGACGAUUAAACCAGAUGGUGGGAUCAGUAGGAUGCGGCUAGUGGGACACCCGUGUUCUCUGCCCUCGGUGAAUCUGUGAAGUCCCUCCAAAUGUUUGCAAAUUCUUCUCUUAGUAACCACCUCAGCUUUGUUAAGACACCGAACUGUGAUACUGUCAACUUAUCCUCAUUUCAGUGUGCCUUGUGUCAUUGAUGCUAAAAACUAUUUGUCUCAUAAAUCGAUCAGUGACAUUUAGUCUUCACAGCAAUGUGCUGUGGAGGUAUUGCUGUUACAUGAAGGCAUUAACAGACCUGAUCUUGUGAUUUUAAACUUAUGAAUUAUAGAUCCAAAUGCAUAGCUUGGUGCCAACAUCUGCUCUGCCUUGGCUGAAUUACUUGUAGGGUUUUAAGUUUUUAAUUGUAAUUUUUGGUUCAGGUUUUUAAAGUGUUUGACAAAAUGGUCUAUUUUGGUUAUUAAACACUUCAAUGCAUCAGCAUUCAGUCUCUAUAAAGCAUAACAAAAUUGAAAUUGUUAAUAACAACCAAGCAUACACACUUAAAGUCACAUCGACACCAAAAUUUAUCAGAGUCUACCAGGUCACCAUUGGCCAAGGCAUCUCACAAACAAAUGGCCUUAAUCAGCCGUCAAGAUGAGCACUUUGAAAAUCAUAUGCAGAACUCUGAAAGUAAGAUCUAUGAAAAUGUAAAUUCUGACACUUACUGCCAACAUGGAACUUUAUUGAUGAAAAUAGUUAAAAAAAUUUCUAAUUUCACAGUGUUUUGUUCUUGUUGGAUAAAAUCAAAAACACAAAUGCUUCCUGAUUACAUUACAAUGAGGGAACCUCCACCGAGUAUUUUUAUCAGGGGAGGUUCCCUCAUUGAAAUAAAUUCAGGAGGCAUUUAUGCCACGUUGAAAACUUCCUGCAUCAAGAGGGACAGGGAAAAGCAGCAGAUAUUUGGUGUUAAGUUGUCUGUAGUGGACCUGUUUGUAAAUUGAAUAUUGGAAGGGAAUAUAGGCCAUUUGUAUAGAAAUCAGGACCCCAAAUGAUCAGAAAACAUGAUGAUGCUGGAGGAACUCAGCAGGCCAGACAGCAUCUGUGGAGAAAAGCAGGUGGUCAACGUUUCAGGUCAGGACACUUCUUCAGGACCCUUCUUCAUGGCUGCUUUUCUCCACAGAUGCUGCCUAGCCUGCUGAGUUCCUCCAGCAUCAUUGUACUUUUCAUCUAGAUUCCAGCAUCUGCAGCCCCUUGUUUCCCCAAAUGAUCAGAAUUCCUGAUUCUCACUUCAACUGCUGGAUGUUGUUGUGUCUGGGUAACCCCUCCUCCAUCCAUGCAGGUAUAGAGGGGGCGUCUGUGCACGAUUGGCCCUCAUCAUGGAGGUGAAAGCCAGACACAGUAUUAUUCAAACCACAGGCCCCUCUCUCUCCACCUUUGUCUGAUUUAGCCUAACAUUGAACUGAGCGGUCAGAGGUUUUUGGAGAUAAUUUCUCACAACUGGGUAACAUGAUGAAACUCACUGCAUUGUCUGUAAAAUAUACAUUUGCCAUGUUGAAGCAUGCAAGUUACUGUCAGUGGUGUUACUAUACAUACAAGCAAUGUGCCUGUAACAAAUUCACCUGUUAUUUUAAAUGAGAUGAUGAAGCUAAUGGCUCUAUUAAACUAUCAGAGAAAAUAAUGUUGGACA